AUGGGUAUUCGAGGUUUUCAAACGUUUAUUGAGAAAAAAUUCAAGGAAUUUCAUACAAUCGAACUUCAUGAUUGUAAUAUAAUACUUGAUGGUGAUUCAAUUUAUCAUCAGAUGUACGCAGAAUGUGAGUUCACAUAUGUAUUUGGUGGAGAAUAUGAUGAAUAUUAUCAAUCUUGUGUACAAUUAUUUAAAUCAUUUAAAAAAUGUCAAAUCAAUGCAUUUGUUGUUUUCGAUGGUGCACAACUUGAUAAUCGAAAAAACGAAACGUUGAUAAAGAGAGCUAAAGACAGUGUUAGAAAAUCAACGAUCAGUGACUCACGCGUUUUCAUCAAUCCCGUAUUGCUUCGUCAAACAUUUAUCAGUGUACUCGAUGCAAUGAAAAUUCCAUAUAUUUCAGCACUUGGCGAAGCUGAUGAUGAAUGUGUUUCAUUGGCAAAUCAUUUUGAUUGUUACUUAAUAUCUACCGAUAGUGAUUAUUUUUGUUAUAAUCUUCAGCGUGGUUAUAUUCCAUUUGAAUCUUUGGAUAUCGAACCGAAAACAGAACAUGGAUAUGUCUAUCUAACAGCACAAGUAUAUCAUAUUAACGCAUUACUUGAAAAAUUCGAUGGUUUACAAUCGAAAACUUUAGCUUUGGCUUGUUGUCUUUGUGGGAACGAUUACAUUAAUAGAGAUUCAACCGAACAAAUUAUUAGAUAUAUGAACGAUAAUGUAGAAAUAUCGAAAAGGUGCAAUAGAAAUGAAAAAAGACAAACGCAAAAUCUUUGGAAUGCUAUGGAAUGGAUGCGACAUAUGACUGAUGUCGAUGAAGCAAUUGAUAACUUAUUGAAGGGAGUCAGUCUCGACUCAAUUGAUGAAUUGAAGAUAAAAAUUGAAGAAGCAGUAUUAAGUUAUCUGGAACCAUCCGACACUCUGAUCUAUCGAUUUCAUCCGUCCAACAAAGCUAAUCCAAAUCUUCACACAAAUCCAAUAUUUGUUCAACUUGCUCAAUCCUAUCUCGAGACAUGUGAUAUGAAUGAUAAACAAAUAAAAGCUUUCAUUGACGAAACCUCGCAAAAUAUCGAAAGUGAAUUUAAUCAUUCGUCGUUACCUCUAUUUAUUGCCGAUGCUGUAAGUGAUUGUCGUCUAACAUCAGCAUUUGUCGAAAUAUUUAUCCGUCGAGAACUAAUCUGUAAAGCAUCUGUCGAAGUCAAAGAAAAACCAUCAAUCUUUACUUACGCUAUUCCCAUUGUUUUGCCAUGUUUUUCUAUUUUACUCCAAAGUGAUCAACAACAAAAUGAUCUGUCGAUCGUUUUUCAUCAUCGUCAACAAGAUCAAUUAGGAAGAGAUGAACGUUUGAUAAAUACUCACGCUGCUAAUAUUCCUGAUCUCGAAUAUAUUUGGUCACAAAUGCCAAUUAUUGAACGUCAGGACUUUGUAAGAAAAUAUUUGAAGAUACCAGAUCAAUUCUUCAAACGGUUAGAACCUUUGCCUUUGAAUUUUCAUUUGUGGUUAAUGAUAAUUUAUCACUGGUAUACUGAAUGCAAAAUUACAUCGGUAUGCCUGUAUGCCAUAUUUGUUUGUUUUAUUAAAUGCAUUUCUCAACAAAAUGAUCGCAAUUUAGAGCAAUUCGAUGAUUUAUUAACUGCUUUCAAAAUUGACAAUUCUCGACAAGCAAUCAAUUUAGCAGAGGAUGAAAAUAUAUUUGAAAAAUUCAAAAGUUUAGCUAAGAAAGAUUCAACAAAAGCAAAUUUUAAUCGACGAACGACUUAUGAAUUGAACUGUCUUCAAGCGAUUUAUAGAUAUUCUCUACGAUUGAAUGAUUUUUUCCGCAGACCAUUUCAUUGUUCAAUUUAUCCUCAAGAUUUCAUUUCUGGAUCGUUAUUCUAUGGUUUUGUAAAACAUUGCCAAGAGAAGAAAUACGUUGGUGAUAUGAACAAAUCUAUCGAUAGUCUUUUCAAAACCAGAAUACUUGUCAAUCUUCUACACAAUCUAUUCAAUAUUAUCUAUUAG